AUGAUAAAACGAGAAUUUUCAUUGUUUAUAUUGUUAACUUUAUUAAUAUCAAUAAUAAAUCUAAAUGGAUUCUUGCUUUAUGUGAAAGCAGAUGUGUCGAAUGUUCCAUCUCCAACUCCAAAUCCUAAUGAUAAUAGCGGUAGCAAUGAUCCAUCCUCAAAAACUAUGACAACACUUUCUACACAAAGUCCAAAUACACCACCUUCUAAUACACAAACCCAACCUCCCGCAAUAAAUACAAAUGGUGUGGUAACUUCGAGUGUCAUAGCAACACCAACACCCGGAAUAUCCGGAACUUCGAAUAAUUCCUUAUUCUCCGACAAAGUAAUUGUAGGCUAUUAUCCGGAAUGGAGAUUUACUCAAUUCGCAGUGAAUAAUUUAUUUUUUGAUAAAUUAACACACGUUAAUUACGCAUUCGCACUCUUGAACGAUGACUUUGCGCCAAAUUUACAGAAUACAGCAACCUUAACUACAUUAGUUUGGUAUGCUCAUGUGUCGAAAGUUAAGGUAUCAAUUGCGAUCGGUGGGUGGAGCGGCAGUAAAUCGUUUAGCACAAUGGUCUCUAGUGUAGCGAAUCGUGCAACAUUUAUCAGCGCAACGGUUGCGAUGGUAAAACAAUACAAUUUAGAUGGGGUCGAUAUCGAUUGGGAAUUUCCUGGGAGAAAAGGCUUAAAGUGUAAUAUAUUUAACAGUCAAUCUGACACGAGUAAUUUUCUAUUGCUAUUGAAAGAAUUACGUGAGGCUUUAGGUCAAGAUAAAUUAAUAACAUUAGCUGUACGUGCUGAAACUUUUGAUGGUCCAAAUGGACCUAUUACUGAUGUCAGUGAAUUUGCUAAAGUUGUUGAUUGGAUAAAUAUUAUGGCAUAUGAUCUCAGCGUUGAUGAUGAAUCAGGGGAAGAUUGGAUAAAAUCAACCGGACCAAAUGCACCCUUUAUGACAACACCUGGAAAAGGUCGCCAAUUAUCGUUCACUCAAUCUGCAACAUCAUGGCUAAAAGCUGGAAUGCCCGCAUCAAAGAUAGUAAUGGGCGUAGAAUUUCUUGGGCAUAGUCAAACGGCUUUACAGCCAAUGACACCAGAUUCUCAAUAUGCGCCACGUGAUUCAAUAAUCGCGAAAGGUGAUAUCAAUGAUGAACUUUGGUCACCAAAAUCAUGUCCAAGUGUCACACCAGCAUUUACUGGCAUCUGGUUUUGGAAAAACCUACGUCAACAAGGAAUUCUAAAAUGCACUUUAACAGCAAGUGAAGGAUGGGUUCGCACUUUUGAUAAUGUGACUCAAACUCCUUGGUUAUAUAAUCCGAGCACGAAAAUGUAUAUCUCUUAUGAUGACCCGGCAUCACUUUUUGUGAAAAUUGACUACACACGAAAACAGGGCUUUCGUGGAAUGAUGCUUUGGGACUUAACAACUGAUAAUGGACGUGAAUUAUUGGAUGUCAUUCAAUUAUUACGACAAAACACAAUUAUAACUCCUGAGAAUGAUUGCAGUAGUUCUUCAUCUACAUUAACUGGCAAUGGCGCGGCAGGUGGAGGAUCCAAUAACGAUUCAGUGGACAAAAAAAAGAAAUCACUUGGAGCAGGUGCAAUUAUUGGACUCUCCAUCGGUAGUGUGUUCCUUGUAGCUUCAGUAGGAAUCGUAUUUUUAUGCCUUCGAAAAAGAAGGAAAGGUGGAUGUUGGCUUUUGAUGCCAGGUGCCAGUGUACGACCUAAAAGUAUUCCAGUUCGACCAAUAUCUUCAGAUGCUAAUACCAUGGUCGAGAUACCAAUUCACAAAAAAUACGUGAUUGCCGUUUUCAAUUAUGAUGCGCGUGAAGAAGUGGAUCUGUCGUUUAGGAAAGGAGAUUUGAUUGAAGUUUUGCAAAGAGGUGAUGGACCGGAUGAUUGGUGGUUAGGAAGACUUGAUGAUAAAAUCGGAGAAUUUCCUGGUAAUUACGUAAAGGAUGAAUUUUAA